AUGUUUCUACAACAAUUUCAAAUGACAAAGGGACACUACGAAAAAGACAUGUUUAGUCACACUGGCACAGUGCUUUCAUGUGACCACACGUUCAGAACCAGUAAACCCAUUGGUGUCACUCGCGAGGAUGGCAAGUUUGUCAAACAAUUUGAAAACAUGUUUCUUGCACUAAAUAAAUAUGGAGAAGUCUUGACAUGGCGAUUUACAAAGUCAACAUCAUCUUUGGAAAUCGAGGACAUACUAAAAGAGUUAAAAAUCAGAUUUGACAAAGCAGGGAUUACAUUAAAAAUGGUUGUAGUGGACGAUUGUUGUCAUGUUCCAAACUUGUACGAGCGAAUUUUUCCGGGAGUGAAGGUCAAACUUGAUUUAUUUCAUGCAUGCAUGAGAAUAGUACAAACCUUUCCCAAGAGUGACAGUCAGCAUAAAAAAUUUUCAGGUGAGGUGUCUAUGAUUUUCUGCCGGGAUGAUGAUCUCAACGACGAACGUUCAAUGAGUACGCCGUGUCCGGAAGAAAUUGAGGUUAACAUCGAAAGGCUACUCUUGGUAUGGCAAGAAAAGUUAAACGGAGAAACUAUGCAUCAAAUAGACAAUCUGAGCAAACAUGUGCGAAAGGGCUGUCUUUUGGAUAUUCCCGAAGGAUGUGGCAGAGAGAUGAAUGAAAGACUUCACAGGCACCUCAACAGAUCUCUUCUGUGUGGAGUCUCAAAAAUUGGACCUGAACUAGCAAUAGCAGUGAUGACGUGUGCAUUAUAUGCAUGGAACUGCAAACGUAUAGGAAAAAGCAUACACAAUAAAAGAACAACUCCAGUCGUACCAGUCGAGACCCUUAAACUGGACAACAAUCCUACACCUCUACACACAGCAUCCUACACACAGCAACAUAUGAAACCAACGUCAGCAUGGUCAACAUCAGCAGUGACAGAAAAACGCUGUUGCAGUGUAAUCAUUCCAUCAGUUCAAGUACCUGGUGGGUCCACAAAAACAGUAGAAGGUAUCAAAACGGAAACAGUACUAAACCAUAUAAUACAGAGAGUGUUAUACUUACAAGAUUUCUUCACUUCGAUCAAAGAAAGAUAUAAAAACAAAUCAUUGGAUCUGAUAGCCUUUCUGUGGUCAACAGGUGCGACAAAGGGUGAUCUUAUCGAGGGUGAAUCAAAACUGAAUGUCAUGGGAAUCGAUCUGACUCCCCAACAUAGCGAUAACUUAGCAAGAAAUCUCGCUGGUCUUAACCUUACGGUGGAUAAAGUCAUAAGAGACGGGAACUGUUUUUUCAGGGCAGUCGCGAGACAGCUCGGGAAAUAUCUAAUAUUGCACAGUGAACAGAUGAAAGGACAUUACACUUCUCUUGGAUUAGGGAAAAGUGAGAAGGAAGACUGUGAAAAACUUAGAACACUCUUCGUCGGAGAAGUAUCUUAA